AAGAAGCCGAAGCACAUGGCAGAGACAAUGAGAUCUUAGACAGAAAAAACUCAAACAAGAGAGAUAGAGAGAGAGAGAGAGAGAGCCCUAAAUUUUGGGGCAAAAAAGGUGAAGAAAAUGCAAGAUCCACCACCGCCAUCAAACCCUAUCCCCACUCCUAAUUCCAAUCAAAUUCCUCCACUCAAUCUUACACAACCGCCCCCCAAGACUCACAAACCCCCGCCGCCGCCGCUGGUCUCCAAUGCCACGGCCGCGCCUUCUUCAUCAUCCAUUUUUCCCAAUGUCAAUGCUGGAAAUGCCUCAUUCAUUCCUAGACUUGGUUCUCAUCAUCGGAGAGCUCAUUCCGAAGUUAGUUUCCGGUUGCCGGAGGAUAUGAUGGAUAUUUCCGGGUCGGAUCCGUUUAAUGGUGGUUCGUCCACGGCGAGUUUGGAGGAGAUCGGAUCGGAAGAUGAUCUGUUUUCGACCUACAUUGAUGUGAAGAAGCUUGGAGGUAAUGGGGGAGGCAAUUUUGUGGAUCAUUAUGGUAAUGGUGGAUGUGAAGGUGGUGCUGCUGGUAGUGAAGGGGAGAAGACUUCGAAACCAAGGCAUCGGCAUAGUGUUUCGGUGGAUGGAACGACGUCGUCGUCCAGUAUGUUUGGGGAAAUUAUGGAAGCCAAGAAAGCUAUGCCUCCUGAUAAGUUGGCUGAGCUUUGGUCCAGUGAUCCCAAACGCGCUAAAAGGAUACUGGCCAAUCGACAGUCAGCUGCACGCUCGAAAGAGAGAAAGGCACGAUAUAUACAAGAGUUGGAACGCAAAGUGCAAACCCUUCAAACAGAAGCAACUACUCUAUCAGCUCAGUUGACUUUGUUCCAGCGAGACACAACGGGACUCAGUACUGAAAAUACAGAGCUUAAGCUUCGGUUACAGGCUAUGGAGCAACAAGCCCAAUUACGUGAUGCUUUGAAUGACGCAUUAAAGAAGGAAGUUGAGAGGCUUAAAAUUGCUACCGGGGAAAUGAUGAGCCCGUCCGAGUCGUUUAACUUGGGAAUGCAUCAUAUGGCAUACGCCCCAUCAUCUUUCAUUCAACUUUCGCAGCAACAACCAGGAUCUACUGGCCUUCAAAAUAUGCAAAUCCCUCCAUUUGGUCAUUCUCCAUCCAAUAUGUCUACCCACCCGUUGCUUCCAUCAGAUUCUCAUUCUCUCUCUGAGGUUCUACAGACCGACUCUCUCGGUCGAUUACAGGGUCUCGACAUCAGUAGUAAAGGAUCGUCGCUUGUGAAAUCCGAGGGCCCUUCACUCUCUGCUAGUGAAAGCAGUACAACCUUUUGAUGCAAAAAUGGUUGCUGACACGCUUGACCCAACUGACUUGUUGAUGAUUCAUGUGAUUUAGUAUAUUGUUCAUAGAUCGACCUCCACUUAUUUAGAGAGUUUCUCCUUCCAAUUCAAAUAUCAUUCAUUUGAUUUGUAUUUAAGUACUUUUUUUUUUUUUUAAUUAUUCUUAAGGGGGAUUCUUCAAAUGGGUUUCGGUGCGUUGUUUUGUUUCGGCAUAUGGAGCCUUGUUGUUGUGUUCAUGGGUGGCUUGAAAGCUUUGUUGGAAUGAAAUGAGUCGUGUUUGAUAUCGGGAUGCCGAUCGUGUAGCCUUCUUUUAUUUUUGGCUUGUACUAAAUGACAUGUUGUGAGUGUGCAGUCAUUGGUAGAUUUUGUGCA